AUGGAUAUCACCGACUUUAUCUUCAAGGAGAGAGAGGAGGUUCUCCUUGUGGGAGACUACAAUGCCUAUCGGGCGCACACUACCAGGAAAUUACAGAAACUCCGCAAGAAGCUUGGUCAGGCUACUCCCAAAGGUCGCAAGUAUACUGCCAAACCAGCUGUCACUGCUGAAAAUGUUGGAAGCAAUGUGUCAUACGUACACCUUUUGCUUCUUGGUUCCGAAAGAGCUUGGGCGCAAGCAAUGCAUAUGAAAUCGACACAUUCCGCAGAUCCUUCCGCCAAGGGAAUCUCUGGCGCUGCUAGGCGCCAUAUUAUUUCUCGUCUGAACAAGGCGACAGGAUAUGCGCAGCAUUUGGUAUCAUUGCUCCACGAACAAUCGGUUUCUGGGGCGAGUGAUAUAGAUAUCCUGGAGGCUCGAGCAUAUUCGGCGAUGAUCUCUGGAACUCUGUGGCUCGAAAAGCGGAAAUGGGAACAAUGUCUCCAUGACUACUCCAUCGCAAGAGUGAUCUACACAGCUUUGGGCCAGAGGGUCAAGAGAGACGCUUUCCGGGACCUGCUCUCAGGGACUGUUGACCCAAGUCUCCGAUACGCUGCUUAUCAAAUGAAACUGCCCCGCUCUAAACCUACCUCGUCGCUGGCCAUUGAGUUCUUCCCACUGAAUUCGGAUAUCCGCGCCGAGGUGGAGAAGAUCGACCCUUCUUGUCUCGCCGAAGAAGCAGCCGGAACCCGACGAACCGCGGAGGGAGAGGUGCAGGAAUUGCCUCAGUCUGUCACUUGGAGGUCACGAACUGUCCCACUGGACGAUGCUUCAAUCUCCCAAUCGCUGGCUGCCGCUUCAGCCGCGGAAGCUCGCCUCACCACUUGGCUGGCAGACGCAGGAAAUUCUGCUACUGCUAAGGAGAAAGCUGCUGCAUAUGACAAUGUAAUUAUCGCUAGCCAGGAUGCUGUCGACGCAACAAAAACUGCCAUUGAUGACCUGGCUAGUGAGGGUGUUGAUCCUAGUGACAAGAGAAUGCAGGCGCUGCAAAUCACUCGGACUGCAGUUAAUUACACUCUGGUUGGCUGGCGGGUCGGCCGCAAUCGGGUCCUGUGUGGAGAUAAAGACGGGUUGUCAUUUGAGGAAGAGCAAGCUCCAGCGAAUGGAAAAGAAACUGCAAAACACACUGCAGGCAAUGGAAAAAGGUUGAAUAAGCUUCGUGAGCGUGUCGUGCUAUAUGACUCAACCCUUCAAAGCUUGGACUUUAUCCUCGAGCUUCCAGGUGUGGCGGCCGACUCGGCCUUUGUGCAGGAUCUAGAGGCAAAGCGGCACUACUUCCGGGCUCUCAGAUGUCUUUCUCUCGGCAGAUCCCAUGGUGUCCUCUCAAAGUCAAAGGAGGCUCUUGCGCUUUUCUCCCAAGCCUUGACUCUUGCCAGCUCCGCUACUCCUCAGUCAUCAGCAGAUGCUGGAGGUGCGCCCAAACUUGACGUCUCUCAGGUGCAAUCUAGUAGCUUGGAGUCGACUCUGCGGGAGUUGGUGGCUCAAUAUCGUGGACUUGUCACUCUAGAGAAGGCCAGUGCCGAAGAGGCGUCGCAAUCGACUCAACGGCCAGUGGUGGAACGACUACAACAAUUUGCAGGUUCCGGCGUGGACCUCAGUAAUCUGGUGCCAUACCCGCCUCAAAUGCAGCCCAUUCCCGUUAAGCCCUUGUUCCUCGACGUGGCAUGGAACUAUAUCGAUUACCCACGGGAAGGUGGUCAGCGACAGGAGAUCCCCGCCCAGGCGCAACCUCAAGCCCCGGGACCCGAAGAAGAGACGAAGGGCCGUCGCGGCUGGUUUGGGUUCGGCGGUCGCUAA